AUGAAGUUUAUACUAACGGUUGUGUUGCUAUUGAUAGUGCAGCUAGGGCACCAUCUAGCUGGUGCCAACAUUAGAGUAGAGAGGUCGCAGGUAUACUGUCAUUCCCCUGCGUUUCUCAUCUACGAGGAGCUGGUCACGGCGUACCUUAAAGGGUACCGCUCCAUCACCAUUAUGGUGGGCAGCGGUGUGGAGGAUAAUGCGGUGAUGGAGGCGAUCAAAUGCAAAUACGAUCAGCUGCUACACUCCUCGUACAAACUGUACACGGUCGACAAUUAUCUGAAGCUGGUGGACGAAGACCGUGCGAAUCCGGCGUAUGGCUAUCAGCCGAAUCCUUAUCCGUACGGGGAAGCCUUCCACUGUGAGGCCAACAAGUCGGUAACAACGGAGAAGCUGCUACCGGCGAUCGCUUUCCGAAACCCGAUAGCGCGAGUUAUUCUGCUGAUACGUGGCAUCGCCAAGCACGAUAUGCUGCAGCUGUUCCGGGUGGCGUGGUUCGAGUACAAGCUGCUCAACAUACUGCUGCUUAGCCGUGUCGAUGCCAGGACACUGAUGGUGUGUCUGUUUAAUCCGUAUCUAACCGAACCGUCGGUACUGGACGAACGCAACCUGUUCUGUCAUCGGUUGCGGGUGUUGGCCGAUGUGUUCCACUUCAACAAGCAGGUCAAUCGGUUCAUCCGGGACCGCAUUCGUAAUCUGCACCAGUACCCGCUAAGGAUUGCUAUCACCGAUGUGGAGCUAAUGUCGAAGGCGGUUCACUUUCAAAACAAUUCCAUCUCGCACUAUCAAUACCUGGACGGAGAGAUGGUUGAGAUAAUGCGCCAGCGAAUGAACUUCUCGAUCCAGUACAUCGAACUCAACUAUCAGGAGUCGGUGGGCUUCAUCACGUCGAAUGGUAGCCUCGGUGGUACGCUGGCGAUGAUCGAGCAUAAUACGAUUGAUCUGGCAGCGAACUCACGCACCAUCAUGCAGCAUCCGAUGCGCAAUCUGCUGUAUGUGCACUUUCUGUGCCCCAUCCGGUUGGUGUUUGUCGUUCCGAUCAACUACUACGCCAAUCGCUUCAAAUUGGUCUUCUUCCAUCGCUUUUCGCUGCAAAUGUACUUGACCAACUUUGGCCUUUCGCUGGUGUUGCCAUUGCUGCUGGUGGCCCUAAUACGCCGGGAUCUGUCGAUCGGGGCGUAUCUGAAGGAAGCAUUCCGCACGUUGGCCAUUCUGUUUGCGACGAGUGUACGAUUACCGCGGGACCACCACCGGAGGCUGGUGCUGAUGGGCCUAAUGUUCUACAGCAUCGUCGCGUAUUCGGCCUGGCAGGGCAUGACGAUCAUCCAGCUGAACAAGGACGAGGAGAAGCUACGCAACAUUCACACACUGGACGAGCUGCUGGACAGUUCGCUGCAGUUGAAAGCCAUCCUGAGCUUCGGUAACGUCAUCCGAAGCAAGAUCUGGAACGGAACCGAUGUCCGGGGCCGGCUGGCAGUCCGGAUCGAGGUGCAAACGGUACCAUCGAACAUCAGUAUCAUUCCGCUGGUGGCGGACAACCGGACGGCCGCUGUACCGAUCAUUGAGUACUUCACGGAUGUGGUGAAGGCACGGUACUUCGAUCCGGUGCGCAAGGAGAGCAAACUGUACAGCAUUCCGCAACCUCUCGUCGAGUAUAUGACCGCAAUGGCAUUGCCGAAGAAUUCGCCCCUCUUUCCUUCGAUCAGGCGUAUCACCAUGAACUGCGUGGAGAAUGGGAUCGUCCACUAUCAGCUGUCGCUCAUCCGCACCAAGGGUAUGCUGCUGCAGAUUGCCCAAAAUCGCAACAAAACCUUGCGCCCCGACCCGCAAACCCGGCAGGUGAAACUGUUCAACAUGCGCAACGUGUUCCUCGUGUACAUCGUCAUGAAUGGGUUGUCCAUUGUGGUGUUUUGUCUCGAGCUCCAUCGCUUCCAUCGGGCUGUGAGCCGGCAACGGAAGAAACGGCAAGGGAGGAAGGAACGAGCGCAUCGCGUCGAGCGAUCUCGAUCCAUCGUAUGGCCAUAUGUUGAGUAA